UUUUUUUAGCCAAUCCACAAGCAGCCCACAACCCUCAACUCCAGUGACCACCCCUCCUAAAACAAAACACUUUUCAUUGUUUUAUCAAUUGAGAACAAGAUAACUUCUCUCUGUUUUAUCAAUUGAGAACAAGACAAAUUGCAGUUACAAGAAUACACGCACAUAGCUAGCUUUGAGCAGUCAAAGAUCUGCAAAGAAUCACAAGUUGGCUUCUUUUCUACAACCUAGGGUUUUAUUUUCCUUCUUGUCAAGGCUGACAUGAAUCCAUCAAAAUCUCAAAAGUUUGAAUGGUAUCAACUUCGAAGACUUUUAAGCAUGCAUACGUUCCACCUGGUGCCUUAGUAAGGGGACGAGGGAAAAGCUUUAGAGCUUUUGGUUCUGUAAGAGUAAACGCUGAACAAAGAAGCGAAAUAAGUCCAUAUGAAUCUGAAAAGACCAAACAAGUAAGAGCAAACGCUGAACAAAGAACUUUGAUGGGAAAAAAUAAAAACUAUAAUACAGUAACUUCUAAUCAGAAUAAGCUAGCUCAGAAGGAUAGUCUUGGGCCUCCUGGUUUUGAUCCAAUAUUAGAAUAUGAUGCUUCCUUUUCUAAUGAAAAAGCAAUGCAAGGCGCUCAGAGAAGCAAAAUAAGUCCAUAUGAAUAUGAAAAGGCCAAAAAAGUAAGAGUAAGCGUUGAACAGAGAACUUCGAUUAGCAAAAAUAAAAACUAUAAUGCAGUAGCUUCUAAUCAGAAUAAGCUAGCUCAGAAGGAUAGUCUUGGGCCUCCUAGUUUUGAUCCAAUAUUGGAAUGUGAUGCUUCCUUCCCUGAUGAAGAAGCGAUGCAAGGCACUCAGAGAAGCAAAAUAAGUCCAUAUGAAUAUGAAAAGGCCAAAAAUGUAAGAGUAAGCGUUGAACAGAGAAUUUCGAUUAGCAAAUGAAAAGGAAAAGAAAAGACUAUGAGCUUACAUCAUCCAUUGAAUGGCUGGUUUUACCAUAUUGAAAGUUCAAUUGCAAUUUUACAGUCAAGACAGAGAUAGGCACUUGUUACUGUUGUAGGCAUGUAUAUAUUGAUGACUUUUUUCUUCCUUUUUUUUGACUAAAACCAUGACUCUUCUUGAAGCGUACGCUUGUUAUUUUCAUUUAUAUUACGAGUUUAAUUCUAAGUGAA